AUGUCAGAAGCGGAGAUUAUGCAGUUCGUUGACCGAGAAGAGCGCCAUCGGGUUGGAAUUCAGACACCUUUCCAGCGUCUUGCUCAGCAAAUGCAAGACAUUUUAGGAGAUGGAGGAAUUUUGAAGGAAGUGGUGCACGCAGGAGAGGGCCCACUUGUACCAAGGGAUGGUUCAGUAUGCAUUAAUUUUUCUGGAUUCUUGGAGUACUCCGAUGAGCCAUUUGAGUCUACAACCCACGUUAAAUAUCCUAGAAUGAUGAAGCUAGGUAGAGAUGUGACGGUGUGUGGCCUUGAGCUCGGCCUGCUGACCAUGAGGAGGGGAGAGUUCUCCCGGUUUCUUCUGCAGCCCAGUUAUGCGUAUGGAGAGAUGGGUUGCCCUCCUCUCAUUCCUCCUGUAGCCACACUGCUGUAUGAGGUGCACAUCAUUGACUUCCUCGACUCGGCCCAAGUGGAUGAGUUCUUUGCUUUGUCACCGGAAGAGCAGAACUGUGUUCCUCUGCCUACGCUGCUGAGUGUUGUGGACACAGAACGGAGCUUUGGCAACCGCUGCUUCAAUCAGAGACGCUACGAAGAUGCCAAAGACCGGUACAAGCAGGCCAUGACCCUCCUGCGGAACCGCGAGCCGGCCUCCGAGGAGGAGAGACGGCAUAUUAGGGAGGCGAGUCUGCCGGUCUUGCUCAACCUCUCGUUCACCUACCUCCGCCUAGAGAGGCCACGGAAGGCCAUGAACUAUGGCCACAAGGCUCUGGAAGUCAGCCCAGGCAACACUAAAGCACUCUUCCGCUGCGGUCAGGCUUAUUUGGAAAUGAAGGAUUAUGAGAAGGCGCAAGACUAUCUAACAAUGGCACAGGCUAAGAAGCCAUUUGACCCCAACAUUAAUGACUCAUUAAGGAAGCUGGCAAGUUGUUACAAGGACUGCCUAGACAAAGAAAAAGAGAUGUGCACCAAGAUGUUUUCUGGUUUCAAGCCAGACAAGUGAAGGGUUUAUGUAUGUACAGUUUGGUGAGGUGACUGAAGAGUGUGAAG